GUCUGUGCAGCAGCCAGGCCUCUGGCUGAGGCUGGGGAGGAUGGGGCUCUGGCUGGUGCUGGUCCUGACCCUGGCUCCGGCCCCGGUCCUGGCUGUGGGGUCCCAGUCAUGGGACCAUUUCCCCAGGGACAUCUACAACCUCAACUGGGAAAAGUUCUCAGGGUUCUGGUACAUCGUUGCCAUCGCCACCGAUGCCCAGGGCUUCCUGCCCGCCAGAGACAAGAGGAAGCUGGGGGCGUGCGUGCUGAAGGUGCACAAGAUGGGCCAGCUGAAGGUGGCCAUUGUCUUUAGCACAUCUCACGGCUGCCAGUCCCAGGUGGUGAUCCUGAAGAAGGACAAGAGGAAGGCUCUGUUCCGGAACUCCUUGAAGGGGGUGAAGGGCCUCCACGUGCUGUCCACCGACUACAGCUUUGGCCUGGUACUCCUCCGCCUGGGGCGCACCCACCGCAACCACAGGAGCCUGCUGCUCCUCAGCAGACAGAACACCUCCAGCUUUGCCAGCGUGAGAGAGUUCCUGGACACCUGUCACAAGCUGCAGCUCUCCGCCCAGGCCACCAUCCUCCCCAAAGACGCCUCCUGUGCCCACACCAUCCUCCCAUGAGCCCUCAGCCCAGACCCCACGGCACCGUUCCCAAUGGCAGCUCCUACGUUUGGAGGCUCGAGGAGAAGCUGUGGAGACCUGAGGACACUGAGCAUGU